AUGACAGAGGUGUACAAAAACGGAGAGCGAGGCGCACCGCUUCUGUGUAUUGCUGCCGGCCGGCUGGCCUCUCCAUCUCUCCGGGAACAAGCCAUCGAUUGUGCCACCCUGGAUCCCACCGUCACGGAGCCGCUCCUGAGCGGGGAGCCAGAAGAAAAUUAUCAAACCUUGCGGGACAGGGAUGGCCGUCAAGCGGAGAAAGAAUAUUACAGGACUCUUAAAAAUGGUAAACUCUUCCUUGCCACCUUCGCUGCCGGUUUAGGGAACUUCAGCUUUGGUUUCGCUUUAGUUUACACCUCCCCAGUCAUCCCGGCUUUGGAAGAAACGCCGGACCCCAACUUGAAACUAACGGAAGUAACGGCAUCCUGGUUUGGGUCCGUGUUCACCUUGGGAGUCGCUGCGGGCGGCUUGGGUACCAUGUACUUCAACGACCGCCUGGGCCGGAAGCUGAGCAUCAUGUUCUCCGCCGUCCCGUCCGUCAUCGGGUACCUUUUCAUGGCCAGCGCCCAGCAGAUUUGGAUGCUGCAAGUGGGGAGACUCCUCACAGGGUUUGCAGGUGGCGUGACAUCUGCUUCCAUCCCGGUCUACAUUUCGGAAAUCUGUCACCCCGGCAUCCGAGGAACGUUGGGGUCCUGCCCUCAGAUCAUGGCUGUCUUGGGCGCCCUUUUCCUCUACGCUUUAGGCCUCGCUGUCCCCUGGCGCUGGCUGGCUGUGGCUGGCGAGGUGCCAGCCCUGCUCAUGAUUGUCUUGCUAUACUUCAUGCCCAACUCACCACGUUUCCUGAUCUCCAAGGGGAAGGAGGACGAAGCCCUCAGCGCCCUGCGAUGGCUGAGAGGGGAGGACGUGGAUUACUGGUGGGAAUACGAACAGAUCAAGGACAGCGUGAGGCAACAGAACAAACCGAUUUCUUGGGCUGAAAUCAAGACCCCCUACAUCUUCAAGCCCAUCAUUAUCACCGUGUUUAUGAGGUUCCUGCAGCAGCUGUCGGGCGUCACCCCCAUCCUUGUCUACCUGCAGCUCAUCUUCGACAGCACGGCGGUCAUUUUGCUGCCGCAGUACGACGCCGUUAUCGUGGGAGUCGUCCGCUUAGCCUCGGUGCUGGUAGCUGCCUUGUUGAUGGAUAAAGCUGGGAGGAAGGUUCUUCUCUAUGUCUCAGCACUCAUCAUGCUGGCCUCAAACCUGACCUUGGGUUUCUACAUUCACUACGUCCCUCUACAUCUCCACAACUCCUCAACGCUAAUGGCUAACAGUAGCCACGCCACCCUCGCCGUACAUGGCACAACAGGCCUCACCUUCAUCCCUUUGAUCGCCAUCAUGUUUUUCAUUAUAGGUUAUGCCAUGGGCUGGGGUCCCAUCACCUGGCUUCUGAUGUCCGAAGUCCUCCCGCUGAAGGCCCGAGGCGUGGUGUCCGGGUUGUGUGUACUUGUCAGCUGGCUGACUGCCUUCGUCGUGACCAAAGUCUUUCUGUUGGUCAAGGUAAAGUUCGGCCUAGAGGUACCCUUCUUUUUCUUCAGCGUCAUCUGCGCCGUGAACUUGAUCUUCACGUAUCUCAUCCCCGAAACCAAAGGAAGGUCUUUGGAGCGGAUCGAAUCCUACUUCCGAACUGGUCGGAAAUCCUUCCUGGAAUCCUUCCAGCGCCCUCAAUGACCUCUCGAAACGGAUUCCUGUCCAGACGACGAGACGCAAUACCUUUUGCGGCGAACGCUGGUUGACCCGGCGUGGUAACCCUUCUCCAAGCGAACAGACCUCACCUCUUUGGAAACGGAGAAGCCUAAUGUGCGAUUGCUCGUUUGCAUUUCUUCGUUUUCUUAAAACCGAAAGGUAACGAAGAGGCUAAGAAAUUCACAGUACAAAUCACAUCCAGU